AUGGCGCCUCAAAUCGCAGCGUUGAAGCUCAAGCACGCGGAGCAUAUCCUCGAGGUGGUCCGUGAGGCCGAGAAGCAGGAGGCUGCGCGACAACGAAAGCUGAGGCAUGCCACCAGCAAGGACAACCUGGCCUACCUUCAGAAAAGGUUCACCGCAGAGAGACGGCAAGAUCAGGCACACAUCUCCGGGCUCGUGCAAGACGCGAAUGCCGUGGAAGCCGCCCUUCUGAAGGAGCAGCAACCAUUGCAGGGGCGUAACAGCCAGGGCCGUGAUGAUCCUUGCGCAGCCGCUUCCAGAGGCGAUAAUGCUUCUUCCCAAGGCGGCGGCGACGCCGGUGGUGCUGUCAACACUGGUGGGGUGGAGGGUUCCGUGGGAGUCAGAAGAAUCUUUUCGACCAAGUCGAAUGCUUACGUGGAGACGGCAGAGCCGAAAGACGACUCAAAAUUUAUCUCUCUCGAUCAGAUGCGCUUCAUGAAAUACGUGUACUCACACAUCGACGGACAAAAGGCGGCAAAGGCGCACACACGCCUCAUGACCGACGUAGUCCGCGAAGAAAAACAAAUGGCGGCCAGGCCCAACGCACAUGAACAGCGACGCCGCCGCAGCAGCAGCAUCAGUAGCAGCGGUGGGGACAAGAGGAUGUUCGCCUCCAACGGCGCUGGGUCGAGGAGAGCGGGACCUGUAGCGGGGUCGAGUGUUCCGCCGGUGAUCAGCAAGGCCGGGGAAGGCGGUUGCAACUCUGGCAGUAGAGAGCGGCAGCUUUUGGAACGAAAGCGAGGGAUUCUGCUGGAGAUGAAGGGGGUCGUGAGCCGACAAGCAGAGGCGCUAGACCGACUUGUGCAGAGCAGCGCCAACGCUAACGUAGCCGCGGAAAAUGGAAGAAGGAGAGGUGGUGACCACAACAGCAGACAAAGCCGGCCUUCCCACGCAAGUGUCUCGACUUCAAGCAGUCUGUUUACCCCUAAGGGAGAAAAGAGUGGCCGAAACACGAGGAGCGGGUCAUGCCCAGAUAUCUCCGGCCUCACCAAUAACUCUCCGGCCAUGCUACCCUCUUCUGCGACAAGACCAACGGCGGCGCUACCGAUGCCCCCCACGGUGCCGCCAGACAACGUCACGUCUGCCUUUUUGGCCCGCGGGGGACGGUGGGGCGGGGAGAGCCGGCGGGGGUCGUGGAGGUGCGAUUCCGUCACAACGGCAUCUUCGGCGUCGUACGCGACCUAUUGCAAACGGGAUCGGGAUCAGGGUAGGGUGCUCGGUAUCAGCCGACGCCCCCCGGCCGUCCCUGCGCUGCCGGUGUAG